AUACAUCCAUCGUAUGUUCGUUUUGGAUGUAUGGAAUAUCAGUGUUGAAAGACGUGGUGUGCUGACGGCUGAGUAGUCUACAAUUGUAAACUAAAGUAGUGUUGUUUGAGUGUUUUUAAUUUUGAAUUAGGAGUUGAUUAUCAUAGGUGACGUAGACGUGGAUCGGAAGGAGUUGUAGAUUGUGUUUUUUUCCCGAAACGUGGGUAACGUCAAGAGGCCUGCGAUUUUGCGUUGGCGGCUGCCACAUAAUCUGCCACGAAGAUUAAAUCUGGAGAUGGAACUUCAACACUUGGGAAGUAACAGCUUUCCCAGUAUUGUGAUGUGAUCAUUGCUUGUCUGAGGACAUAAUAAAGUGUAAUCUCAGUACAUACCGACAUUUUUGAUACAGUGUGACAUUUACUGUGUAAGUGAUUUCAUUCAGUGAAUAUAAAUGUUCUGUUGAAAUUAAAACUUUUUCCUUCCUUUAUUUUACACGAUCUUAGUUGUCUUAUAAUUUUAGGUGUCAGUAUAAAAAUGGAUGUCCAAACAGGCCUAGUUUGUGCUGGAGUAUUUGUGCUCUCUGUAGUAGUGAUAUUUGUGGUUUCAAUGUUUGGCAUAAAAGAGAAGACAUAUGAAGAAGCAAUCGCAGAACAAAGAAAUAUGCCAGCAGAGAACUUACUGUUAGGUCGUAGUGGUAAAGACAAAACCAAGGAUAAGAAGCAAAAGAAAGCAGGCAAGAAGGUGAAAGAGAAACCAACAGAACAAGAAAAGAAACAGUCAGAAGCAGUUUUAUCUGCAUCUACUCAACCAACCUCGCAAGAAAAGACCCAUGUGGACUUCAAUGAACCAGAAGCAGAAGUUGUAAGCGAACGUCUACCACAGGGGGACAAGAAGAAAAAUAAAAAGGAAAAAGUAAAACCUAUUCUAUUAAAUAAAGAUGAAGAGAGCCUUGUUGCUGAGAGUCUACCUGUACCAGCCAAUCACUUUGAGGUGAUACAGCCAAAGGAUGAUCUGCUACUAAAACAAAAAGGAAGUAAAGGUGAUUUGAUUGAUAAAGGAGGGGACACAGCGUUUGUUGAAACAGUGGUGGGACCUCCGAGUGCCCCUGAGAAGGCACCAUCGAAGCAGUCCACUGUUAAGGCCGAUAAAAAGGCAGAAAAGUUGGCAGCAACAACAGUGCAACAAGAACAGGCUACCCCUCCCCCACCAUCCAAGGAGCGCAACAAAAAAAAGAGGAGUGAACUUGCAACAUUGCAACAAAUGAGUGGAGAUCGUGAGGGUGUAAACGUCAGUCUUUUGGUGCCUUUGGUUCGUAAGGCUGAGCUUUCUCGGUCUGAGAUUCAAAUCCUGAUUGAUCUUCUGCUCAAUAAACAACAGGGUUCUGCCGUGGGCAGCUCCGAAUGGAUUGAGGUCAGCGGAUUUUGUGUGUCAUGUGGGCAAGCUCAGUUGAAUGAGGACCAUCAGCUACUCCGAAAGCUGCAAGACGAGCAAGGCCAGGCUCAGGGAGUGUUGGAACAGGAGCUGCACAAUCAGCGACAACAACUGGAGCUUCACAUUGCUCAUCUCAAUGAGACAAAUCAGGAGGCUGAAGCAGCUUUCAAGUCUCAGAUUGGCCAACUUCAUGGUGAGUUACAAGAGCAGGGAAAUAUCAAUGCAACUCUAAGUGGUGAGCUGCAGAAACUGAGAGACGGCAGGGAUGGAGAGAUCAAGAUGCUUAGAGAACAGAUCUCUCACUGUGAGAAUCAGAUUAGGCAUCUUGAGUCUCAGGCUGCUCACUUAAAAGAGUCUACUGAUCAAGCUCAAGAACUUGUAAGGCAGAAUGAGGAGUUACAUCGAAUAAAGACUGAAUUGGAACAUCUUGUUGCUAAUUCCAGACAGCAUGAGGCAGCAUUACAGUAUGAAUAUAAAAAUUUACAAGAAGAACUGGAAGCAUUGAAAGAGAAAUGUGCCAGCUACAACGAAAUAAAAAGUGAAGUCAGUCAUUUGAGAUCAGAGAAUGAACAGCUGUUAGCUCAAGUUAUUAAAGUGAAAGAUCUGCAAGCAGAGACUCAGCAUCUGCAUGAAGAGAAUGAACAUCUUGUAUCCCAAAUAGCCUCAUUUUCACAGCUUGAAAAGGAAGCGCAGCAGCUUCGAGAAGAGAAUGAGUCACUUGCAGCACAGGUGACAGCAAUGACCGAAAGACCAGCAGCGGAGGGUCGGGAAAAUGGAGACCUUCACGACCCAGAAGAAAAGCAAGCAGACACCAAGGAGCGUGUCUCAGAAGAAGACAGCAUAGUGAAGCAGAAAGAGCUUCUGUUGGAGAAGUUUAAUGAUGAGUUGAAACAGAAAGAUUCUGUUAUAGAAAAGCUCAAUUCUGACAUCAAUACAUGCAAGACUGAGAUUAGUAAGCUGAAUGAAGAUUUGGAAUUACAAAGAAGAAAGAACAAUGAUUUGCGUACAAAGAACUGGAAAGCUAUGGAGGCCCUGUCUGUCACCGAAAAGUCCCUGGAAUCUAAAGUGAAAGAGUCCACUAUACUAGUCAGUGAAGUUAGUAAAAAGGUCAGAACAGAAGAGCAGGCAGCCACUAAAGAGCUAUUGCAGAGGAUAUUCCGUGAUAUUAGAAUUGAAGACCAUACGGCGUAUGAUCUGUGGGUUGAGAGGUUUGAAAGUUCGGCCACGAGUUUCAUCUCUCAACUUAAAACACGACAACCAGCAGCGGAUUCUGUGUCUGAGGAUCAUUCAUCCAUGCUAAUAGAACUAGAAAAGCAAAACUCUCAGCUGCAGACCAUGGUCACACACUACAAGACUAUUAUUGAAGAGACGGAAGGAAUGUUGAACAAACUCCAGAACCAUGUUGAACAAGAAGAGGAAAGAUGGCGCCAGCAGAUGCAGAUCAUGGAGGCUGAGUUGGAAACGAUUAGGGAUGAGAAAGACCAACUCCAGCAGUCGUUGGAAAAGCUCCAGAGAACAGAAGAGGCAACUUCAGAGGUAUGUGGAGUGGAGUUUGCCUUUAGCUGUAUUCAGAAAUCUCUUCCGUGCAUCAUGAGUGAGAUGCAGUUAAACUUGCAAGACUUGGAAGAGAAGCUGCAGGUUCAGGAAGCAGAGAAGAGAGAACUUGUUCUUAAAUAUGAAGAAAUUCAAAAUAGCUGCGAUCGACUGAAGGACCAGGUGAACUCCAACGAACAGCAUGAAGAGAAGGAGAAGGAACGCCUCACUUUAGAAUUGAAGACUGAAAAAGAUAAGAAUCAGGAUCUGGUGAAGGAAAUGGUGAAGCUUCAUAAUUUGGUCCAGUUAGGUGAAGACUCAUUGAGCCAGGAGCAACAGCUGGUACAGCAGUUACAGCAGCAAUUGGAUAAGUUAAACGGAGCGAACCAGAACCACAGUGUUGCCACCAAUGGACCUGCCCCCGAGCCAUCUAUUAAUGAGUCCCUUACCACAUCACCACAACCUUUGUCUGAAACAUCUAUGUUGGAGAAACGGCCCAAGAUUAAAAAGAAAAAGGUAGGAGAUGGAAUGAAAUUUCCCCCUACCAGUAAAUUGUUUGCAUUAUAAAUGUUUUACUCUUUG